AUGGCGGAGAACAGCCAUGUUAUAAUCAGCUAUACUCUGGAACAGGAAGGGGCCAGGUUGAGCUUCCUUAUUGUGACAGGAAACAUCUCCGCGAUCCGGAGCAACUUCCGCGCCCAGAGCGUGGUCGGUGGAGCUCCGAGAGAGCGCCCGACAUUGGUUCGUGGAGAGCGGCUGCAUGGCCCGUUCACCGUCGAUUUACGGUUGGACCAAGGUUCCUGA